UCAAAACGAACGGAAGUUUGAAAUACGAGAAUUUUCAGCGAAAGUGCUAACGGACGCGCGCACUUGUGUGUGUGUGUGUGUUUGCGCCGCGAAUAAUUGAAGUGUGAAUAAUAUGUGUUAAAAGGGAAAUUUAUGCACUUGCCCGUGAUGGAAGUGAAUUUGUGUAAUAAAAUUGAAAUGCGAAAUUGUUAAAAAAGAUACAAUUAAAUGCAUAAAAAAUAAAAUGUAUUCAAUUAGUCAAAGAUAAAAUUUAAAUAAAAAAAUUAUGGUUUCUGCAUAAAAAUCAAGCGUGAUUUGGCUUAUAAUAAUUAAAUUAAAAUAUUUUUUACUGCUGCAAAUCAAUGGUUUUACCUGCCUAAAUACCUCCACCAAUCAAAUAAACACAAAAACACAUUUGUUUCUUCAGCUUGCGAUCGGCAAGCAAUAUAUGUAUGCAGCAAAUAAUCACAUUGACGUCUCAUAAAUUUCUGCUGGCUCGUCAAGGACAUGCAUCGUCAGCGCUUUAAAAUUGGUCAAAGCUAAGUGUAGACACACAAGGAAUGAUGAAACCGAAACUCAAGUCAGCUUUAAAUCAAAGUGAACUGCAUUUAUAGGAAGAACUAAGUGAACAAAAAAAGAAAACCAGAACAAAAACAAAAAAAGAAAGAGGAAAAAGGAAAGUAACAGCAAGCACAGAGGCAUCUAUGAAAAAAUGCCGCCUCUAAACGAAGUGCUACGAGUAAACUGGAAUUUGCAAAUCAUAUCAUGUAUCGUCGUGCUGCUCACGACACACAGCAUACAGCUAGCCCACUGUAUCGACUGCUUCAAAUGCGUCUCAUUCAAUGGAGCCAACAAGGCAUGCGACGAUCCCUUCCACAACAACUAUUCUACCGCCAUACUGGAGUCGCCGUGUAUGGGUGGACGAAAAGGACGUAACGGUCUAUUUCCGGCGACGGCCUGCAUCAAAAUCGCCGGGAUUUAUGAUGAUACUGGCGAAUCGAUAACGGUACGAGGCUGUGCGCUGGACAGCGGUACACUCACCACGGACACGGAAAUCAUACGUAUGUCACAUUGUGGCAAAUUCUACUAUGACGACAGAUACGUACAUGGCUGCUUGCAGAGCUGUAACGAUGCGGACGCAUGCAAUCAGGCGGUGGCCAACUAUAAAAGCUCGCCGCAAACACUGUGGCAACACUGUAGCUUAGCGUUAUUGACAUUGAUAGCGUUACACGAACAUCUGCUCGGCCUAAUCAGGUAGCAGUGCAACGGUACUUACUAGAACGUGUGCGUUGGCUCAUCGUGCGUGAUGUGUUGGUAGUCAUAACUUGAUAGCAAAGCGGUGUGUUGGUGCUGUAGCGUAGUCACACACACACACACACACACGCACAUAAUAGCACAGACACAAUGUGAAUUUACAAAUAGGUUUAAGCGUUAUUCUGCUGCUUUACAACAAGCUCAAAAGCAAGCAAUUUACAUUCACUUCCACACGCUCACAUAUCUGUAUAAAUACACACACACACACUCAUACAUAUACUAUAGUAUAAAACUGCAAGCUGUUCGAAUUGAAAACGUAUUGGAAAACAAAAACAAAACGCAAUCCAUUUUCAUCAAAUCAAAUUUGUGUGAAAGCAUAACGCUCGCUGCGUUUUCCUAAUGCCACGCACGAAAAUUUUUGCUUUGCAAAUAUCAUAAUUGGAAAUUUAUAUGUGAUCUGCACGAAAAAAAAGUUGAAAGCUUACUGCGUGCAUAAUCGUCUAACUAAUGUCAUAAGUGCUUAGUCGCUAAACGCAACUUUCGAAGUGCUAAAAAUUAGUUUAUUAACUGAAUAUUGAUCUUGUAGUUAAAUUAGUAAGAACAUUUUAGUGAAUUUCUUAUCAGUGGUUGGUGGUAGCAAUCUUCCACCAAUCAUUUAACUUAUUAUAAUUUUUAGUUUUUUCUGACAAAUUUCACCACACUUACAGUCUAAAUGUAUGCAAUUGUGUAGCAUAAAGCUAUCACCCUGAAAGUAGGCAAAUUUCUUUAAAAACAAAGCAUGUUAAUGAAUGCUCUGCCAGAGCAUGCACAAGAUUCUCUAACAGCCCUUUUGUGACAGCCUAAAAAACCACGAUUUUUGGGAAUUUUUUAAAAGAAAACUUCGUUCGUUCGAAUUCAUAUUCUUUGACUUAUACGACAGCUCCCAUGGCCUACAAAAAAAAGGAACGUUAGAAAGGUAGACCAAUAAGGACAGCAAACGACACCACAUUUUUUUUUGUCAAUAAGAUUUGCAAUUUAAUCAUACGAUCUAACAACGAGUCGAAAUUAUUAAAUUUACUACCGAAUUGCGGAGUCAGUGGCCUGAACUUUAAAAACGCUACGUCCAAUCUAUUUUUGUCAUAAUCGUGCUGUCAGAUCAGCAAUUGAGCGUCUAGUGGAAAAGUUUUAAUCCACAGGCACAGUACAAAAUGUUACAGUGCCAGUUGGACAAAAAAUUGGCCAAAUCAGGCUCUCACACACAGGUUGGGUGUCUCUGUGACGUAGUUGUGGCGAAAUUUUCGAAAAUAUUUUGGCCAACAUCCUUAGAAGUUCAAAUUGAUGCAAGAACUGUAGCGGCUUGACCACCAGAAUCGUCCCAUGUUCGUGAAUUGGGCUGAGCAACAACUUGAAAAUGAUCCAUUUUCAUUGAAAAAUCAUCUUCAGCGAUGAAACUCAUGGCCCGAAUCGGAUAAUAUGGACUUGGACAAUAUGUGAUCCCAACAGAAUGGCCACACAACGAAUGUCAAUGUCACAGGUCACAGUGGUUUAUAAAAAAUGUGUGUUUGAUAUUAUAAAAUAAAAACUAAUUUUGGAAUACUGGGUAUCUGAACAGCAAUUUCAUUUUUUCAAAACGCAAUAUAUUCGAUUAAUCGAUCAAUCAGCUGACUAUCGAUUAAAAUUUGAAUAUGUAUUUUAACUUAUAAAAUUUUUAACGUGGACAGGUUUUAUUACAAAAACUGAUUCGAUUAAUCGAUAAUUCAACUGAUUAUCGAUUAAAAUUUAAAAUUUUUUUCAACUUACAAAAUUUUUAACCUGGACAGGGCUUUGGACAAAAACUGAUUCGAUUAAUCGAUAAUUCAACUGAUAAUCGAUAACUCAACUGAUCAUCGAUUGAAAUUUUAGAAAAUGUGUCACUAAUAUUAUGCAAUAAAAAUUAAUUUUGGAGCAUAAAGUAUCUGAGCAGCAAUUUCAUUCUUCAAAACACAAUAUAUUCGAUUAAUCGAUCAAUCAGUUGACUAUCGUUUAAAAAUUGAAUUUUAUUAAGUGUAACUAAUUCCCUGCUUUCAGAAAAAGUUUUCGUGUAACACCACUUUUUUACUCACUUACUAUCGCUAACCACUUUAAAUUUGUCAAUAACUUUUGGUCAAAAUUUCUACUGCUUAAAUUGUACAUCUAGCCUACAUGUAAGCUUUAGCGUCUUGUUAAUUGCACGCGUCUACUAUAACUUAAAUUGUACAUACACACAUUAUUGCAAUUUGUUUCGAAGUUAGUAAUUGAACAAAUUUACGCCUCUUCGUAGUUUUUUUUUCUAAAAUUCAAACGAACAACGCUCGAUUUACUUGAUAUUACGCAGAUUAAAAACUUAAUUGAAAUGAAUUUUGAGGUGUAGAAAAAUUUAAAGCAAUUAAAUAAACAUAAUUUGAAAUUGGUUUUAGCAAAACAAAAGUGAAAUUUAAACUUAAGAAAAUGCAUACGAGUAUUGAUUAUAAAAUUAAACAAUUUUUUCGGUGAUUACGAGGAACAAUAAUUUUGCGCAAAAUGCAAAAAAAUUGCUUAAAAUGGAAAUAAAUAUCGCAAUUGAAAAAAGAACCAAGGAUUUGCAAUAAAGAAAUAAAAGGUAUAGCUUUUAGACUAGAUUAAGGCAUAAAAAUAGCAUUGAGAUGAAAUGAGAAAUUUAAAAAAGCUUUUUUGAAAAACAGUGAGUUUAGAAAAUAGCAAUUAAUUAUUAAUUUAAUUAAUUAAUAACUUCUUUUUUCGCACGCGCACUCAUAUCUCAGCGUUUUUGUAUUUACACACAUACAUUUACAAAUAGUUGUAUAUACACACAUAUAUAAAGAAUUUCGUAUUGAACAAAGCGCAUAUAUUUAAUAACUAUUGUUAAUAAGGCUUCAAACGAUUGAGCUUUAAUGGUUUCCUAAACUCAACAUUCAGAUAAAGAGUAUUGUAUAUAAGCUAAGCGGCUUUUGUUAGAACUUGUAUUGUACUUUUCUAUAAAAAAAAAUCAAAAAUCAUUAAGCUUGCAGCAAAGCAAUAAAAAUGCACAAUGCAUGCGUAAAAACAAAAAAAUAAUAAUUAUUACAUUAACAGAAUUUACCGAUUUUCACUUAAAGGCAACUAAAAAACUCGCAAGCGGCACAUACACAUAUACAUAUGCAUAUUUAUAAAUCGCUUAUGUAAAUACAAAGAGUAUUAGCAAUGCGUACAAUAGCUGUAAGUAGCCUAUUUUUCUAAUUGUUGGAAUAUUGCUAACAUUUAACGGUACAAUGAUUUGGCUUAUGAAUAAAAAAAAUCAUAAAAAAUAAAAAAGAAUUUUCAGAAUAAAAGUCACACAAAACAUCAAUAAAUUAAUAGUUAUAUAGCAAAUCAACGAGCGUUCUUUGUAUUUAUAUACAUACACACAUACUAGGGUGUCCGUUACUUCCUCAAGUUACUUUUUUAUUUACAAACGCCGCCUGAAGUUUCAGGUUUUGCACAAAAAAUAAAGAUCCAACGUAAAAAAGCUCUCUUACUAUACUUUUCAAUACGUUUUUCUAAGUGUUUUUUGAGCUUUUGGAAUAAUUCGUUUUUCUCUAAAGCAAAUAAACAUACAACUUUCAAGAAGUGAUAUUCUUAUAUAAAAUUUUCCACUUUACAAAAAAAUUCUUAAUAAUUUUUUUAUAAAAUUUUUCUUUAAAAGUUAUACCCAGUUAAAAUUGGAUGUCAUAUGUGUUAUGUGCAUACAGUAUACCAUGUCGUAUGAGCAACAUAGAAUGUACAAAUUACUCGUAUGAAUGCUCGGGUCAUUUGCUGUAUAAUUCUCAGUUCACCUUGUCGUAUGAGCAACAUAAAAUUAAUACAUCACUUGUAUGAAAACUCGGAUCAUUUGAAGUUUUACUUACAGUACAACAUGUCGUAUAAGCAACAUAGAAUGUAUGAAUGCUCAGGUCAAUUGAUGUCUAACUUACGGUACACCACGUCGUAUGAGCAACAUGGAAUGUGUAAAUCACUUGUAUGAUUGCUCAGAUCAUGUAAUGAAUAACUUACAGUACACCAUGUCGUAUGAGCAACAUAUAAUAUAUAAAUCACUCGUAUGAAUGCUCGGGUCAUUUGCUGUAUAACUCUCAGUUCACCAUGUCGUAUGAGCAACAUAAAAUUAAUACAACACUUGUAUGAAAACUCGGAUCAUUUGAAGUUUUACUUACAGUACAACAUGUCGUAUAAGCAACAUAGAGUGUAUGAAUGCUCAGGUCGAUUGAUGUCUUACUUACGGUACACCAUGUCGUAUGAGCAACAUAGCGUGUAUAAAUCACUUGUACCAGUAUGAAUGCCCAGAUCAUUUGAUAUCUCAUUUUAACUGCGUAUAACUUUAACAGGAGUGGUUUUAUGGAAAAAUUUAUUAAAACCUUUUUCGUAGAGCGGAUAAUUUUGUAUUAGAAUAACACUUUUUCAAACUUGUAGACUUAAAUGCUUAAUAGAAGAAAUAUAAAAAAACACAUUUUAAAUACAAGAAAAAAGUAAACUAGACACGAUUUAUAUUGAACAUAUAUUGCUUGUUUACUUUCCAUGUUUUUUUCUUAGGGCCAUAACUGCAACUUUAAGCGAACACCUAAAAAAACAAUCAAUGUCACACAUAACGGACACCUUAAUAUACAUACAUAUGUAUAUUUUUAAGCAUUAUCAAAUUGAGGUUACGCACACAAAAAGAGCACAACAUCACAAAAACUGAAAAAACACAUACACAUAUGUAUAAAUAUAAUAUAUAAGCGUAAACGCGCAUAAUCAAAUAGGCAUGCGUACAAAACUAUAUAAAUAAUUAAAAAGAAGAAAAAAAAAAAAGUGCGCGUCAAAAAUCAAAACCUAACUGACA